UUGAAGGAAUACCAGCAGAAGAAGGUGGCUCCACCUGCCUCUUCAGGGACCAAAAAGAAGAUAACAGAUGACAGAUCUGAAACAGCAACGACUCUAACAGCGAAUAAUGACGAAAUUUGUGAGAUGCCUCUGCAGAACAUUCUGAAGGUGUUGGUGGCAGACCGCAGUAAAUCCAAUGGGGUAAAACUGCCUUCAUUGGACAGGCUGAAGGCUUCUCUGGAAAAUGAUGUUGACAAUCUUGGUAGAGGACAGAGGGUUGAUGGUGCCACGCCUGCUCGUUUCAACAUCUCCAACAGCAACUUGCCAAAUACUAUGACUGUAAAGCAGCACGUUGAUCUGACAGUACAGAAUGAAGCUUCCUCCCAGAUAAUCCUGGCUGGAGAAGAAAAUCAACCUGAAGAAACCAGAGGUGUCUCCUCCACAGAAAGUCUUCGACAGUUGUCCACUCAGUUAAAUGGCCUGGUGACUCAGACUACUUAUAUGAAUGGUGAAAGUGCAGCCUGUACCAUCAGUCCAAGUGAACUAGAGGCACGAAACCAAGAGUUGAUUGUAGCACUUGACUCCAGCAAUUUGACAAAUAGAGAACAAAGUGCAAAGAUAGAAGAAUUGGAAAAACACAUUCAGGAGCUUAAAAAUCAGCUAGAGAAGGAAAAGCAAGCUUUUGACCAGAAGUCCAACCAAAAGUGUGAAUCCAUGAAAGACCAGCUAAAACUUCACGUAGACACCAUUGAGAUUUUGGUUUCUGAGAAAUCGGAGUUGCAGUCAGCGUUGGCUCAUGCUAGACAAAUAUUGCGGGGCAAAACAGAUGAAACGGGAGAACUCAAUAGCAAGCUGAGUGCUUCUACUCAAAGAGUCGCAGAACUGGAGCAAACUCUAUCCAGCAUUUCAUCCCAACAGAAACAGUCUGAUAAAAUUUACAAAGAGCUUGAAAAGGAGAGAGAGAAUCUCAAACAAGAGGUGGACAAACUAAAUAAGAUGAGUGACGAGAUGAGACAACAGAACUCUGAGCUCUCAGAACAGUUGAGCUCCAAGGUAUCAGAAAAUGACUUGGUGAGGAGGAACAUUCAAGAACUCCAGAAGAGACUUGAAAUGGCAGAAUUGACAAUUCAGCAG